GGACCCAUAUUUGUCAUUUUGAUGAUGAUGAUGGUGACUUUGGUGGUUGUGAUAGUUUUGGGCAACGCACUGGUCAUUUUGGCAUUCAAAGUGGACAAGAGUUUGAGAAGACAAUGCAAUUACUACUUCUUAAAUUUGGCAAUUUCAGAUUUUCUUGUAGGGGCAUUUUGCAUCCCGGUCUACAUCCCCUACAUCCUCACUGGCAGGUGGACGCUGGGCCGAGGACUGUGCAAGCUGUGGCUGGUCUCCGACUACCUGCUUUGCUCUGCAUCUGUCUUCAACAUUGUGCUUAUCAGCUAUGACCGUUUCCUCUCAGUCACCAGAGCAGUGAGCUACCGUGCCAGACAGAGCAUGACUCAUCAAGCUGUAAUCAAGAUGAUUGCUGUCUGGGUGCUGGCCUUUGUCUUGUAUGGCCCAGCUAUCAUAUUCUGGGAGCUAGCAGUGGGCAAAAGCCGCGUGCCAAAGGAUGAGUGCUUUGCAGAGUUCUAUUACUCUUGGUACUUCCUGUUGAGUGCUUCUAUGCUGGAGUUUUUCUCUCCUUUCAUCUCUGUGGCUUUCUUCAACCUCAGCAUUUACCUCAGUAUACGCAGGAGGAGGCUUCACCACAGGGAGGCCCAGCUCCAGCUUCAAGCAAGUGAACCUGCCUUUGCCCAGGGAGAAGGUAUCCCCCUGUCCCACAACUGGGGGUUUGGGAAAAAAUUGCCCACAAGAGGCUCUUUCCACUCACAGACCUCCUCCCCUUGUUUGGGCAAACUAGAUCCCUCAACCAGCAGGGCCAUCCAGCCCAGCCGUCUGUCCAGGGAUAAGAAAAUUGCUAAGUCCCUUGCUAUCAUAGUAUGUGUGUUUGCCAUCUGCUGGGCACCAUACACCCUACUGAUGAUCAUCCGAGCUGCCUGCAGAGGGCGAUGCAUCCAGCAUCACUGGUAUGAGGUCACAUUCUGGCUCCUGUGGCUCAACUCUGCCAUUAACCCAUUCCUGUACCCUCUGUGCCACAGUAGCUUCCGCAGGGCCUUUAGCAAGAUUCUCUGCCCACAGAGGCACACAACAUCCCCUUCAUCUGUCCUGCGUGCUGGCCAGUGACAAGCACAUACUCAUGGAUAGAUGAAUGUAUGGGAAUGAACAAUGUACCAAAACUCUUGAUGGAAGUAUGUACUCAAACUCUGAUCCAAGAACAGAUGAAAGAAUUCCAUGAGCCAUUAAUCAUGUGGAUCAGUUAUUAUUCUCAAUUGUGCUUUUUAAUGCUUGGAUGUAUAAUGUUGGUAUUUUAAAGUAUCAUGUCAGUUUGAUUUAUUCAGUGUUAGAUUUUAACCCAUGAAAAUACACACAUAUGUUUUAUGAUCAUUUAAAUGAAAAAUAGACAAGCUUAGCCGUUGUGUGUCACAAAAACAACAACAAAGAAACAAAGGAAACAAUGGGAUAAGAAAAUAACUUUUAAAAUACCAUGCAGACAAUACAAUAAUCUGAUCGAUGUAUUUAUUGUAUGUAUUACUGUAUGUAUCAGUAGAAUAAGCUAAAGGCAUCUAUCUUUGUUAAGAAUGAACAAAGGCUGUCUAACUUCAGUGGGACCAGAGCACAGUUGCAGUGACGUCACAACUGUUAGUUUUACUGUUAGUAAGUUUUUAGAAAAAGUAACAAUGUUUACAUGGAGAAAUAUUUAAUCAGUCUGAUUGCAAUUACUCUGAUUAGAGCAGCAGGUCUUUACACGGACACCAAAGGAAACCUUUAUGUUUUUCCAUCUUUUGUUGA